AUAUAACAAACAUAAUUUCCUUUGUUCUCCAUUCCCUCUUAUUUCUCACGUUGGAUAAAUGAAGCCACGUGAUAUCAUCAAAUAGUCCGUCCCAAUUCAUUGUUCUGGUUCAGCUUAGGUUGGCUGGCUUAUUUAUACUCGGUUAGCUCCCUCCAGCCUCAAGCCAUUCGUGUUUCUUUCAUGGACUACGCUGGAGGACUCAGCUCUGAAGAAAUUCGCCGACUUGAUCGAAUAAUGGACUUGGAAUGGAUGGAAUUCGCUGAAGGGUGGGAAUGGCAUGCGCUGAAUUAUAUCAACCCUCUUCCUCCUAUGGUACCUUAUCCGUCUUACUGUGUCAGUCGUCGAUGCGGAUGGUGUCGCUUUACGAUCAAGCCCGGCGACCUCAUCACAGCGAGAGCAUCUGGUGGCACUGAAACAACUGCUUUUAAAUCGUGCGAUUCCUUCAACGAUAACAAGUUACACGCAACCUUCAGACGCUGCACAAGCGAUCACGAAUCAUGUGCAACAAUCGGAUAUCACGUUGAAUGCUCAGAGAUUGCUUCAUCAUUUGGGCUUGAGAAGAGAGCCUUUGUGCAAGUUGCUCGGUACUCUUAUGAGCCUUCAGUUCAAGAAGAUGAGCGGCGACGAGAGUGGAUUUUGAACCACUUACACCGGAUCAUGAGUGAGAAGUUCACAAAUCUACCACCAGAGAUACUGUUGAUGGUCAGCAAACAUUUGGUCCUUCACUAUGCGAUUGCUUCCCUAUCUCAUGCCUCUCAGUCGAGCCAAUGCACGAUUGAGCCAUUGAAGGAUGUGUGGGCCACUCACUUUAAUCUGGAUGGAACUGAGUAUAUAGCUUCUUUGUCGAAUACGCCACAGCCAGGAAGUCGAUUACUCUGGAGAGACUCCAAGGAUCAGGAAGAGAACUUUCUUUUCAUAUCAGAAGAUUAUUUCGGUAUUCGUCAGAUCGUUAAUGAUGCUGCAGCUGUUACGACGGAACAAGGUAACUCAGGCUGGUGGCGUACACUCCCGAUCACCAGCAAAGCCCUCUCAUUCUCUGACGAUGGCCUCAAGCUGCGUAGCUUCGCAGCUGCUCCGUUGAAUCCCACUAUCUGCUGGCCAUAUCCCAUGGCCCCAGCUGCACUGAACAAUAUGGCUUACCACGUCAUCAACGAUUCAUCUUCAAGCCUUGGUAUGACUAUAGAAGCUCGCAUGGUGGCUUUAGAGUUCAAUGAGCCUGAGAUCACGGGAUAUUCUGCUUGUUGGUAUAAGGGUCAGCUGGUCGAUCUUCAUAUGCACAAAACUGGAGAGUCCUAUGAAUUUUAUCGUGAGCUGGACGAAAUGGCGAAGCACAAGUUGCCUAAGGAAAAGUCAGAUGAUUCGACCACAAGUUCAGCCCCUCAUUGGACUUACCAUCCGUUGAGUUCCGGAGAACGUGUUGAACAAGUCUGGCUACGCACAAAAAAGGAAUCAGACGAAAAGGACACAUCUGAAGAUGAGAGACGAUCAGAGACAUCAGAUACUGCGGUAAUGCUGGUCACUAAUCAGUCACGAACACUUACCAUAGGAAGAAGCAGCUCACCGCACAGCGAAUGGAAAUGCAUAGCCAAAGAAUCAACGGGCACUCCAAUGCGAGUGUACUUCAGCCCUCGUUUGGAAGGCAUUUCUUUAUUCGCAUCGCCAACUGUAGAAGCAAGUGACAAGGAUCCCUUACCAGCAGGACUUAUCCCCGAAUCCGAAACAGAUCCAGUUGAGACCUCAGAAGUCUCGCUUGAUGCUGUUAAAGAGGUUCAGAUCUGCAGAGAACAAUCACAGAAAGGGAGCAGAUCAAUAUCCGGCUUGUUGUUUCAUUAUGAAGAUGGAAGCCAGGCAUGUGUUGGGAGAUUUCGCUUCGAUCACGCGAAAGAGGUUCUGUCUGUGACCGAUCCAUCAUACUUUUAUCUCGGUAGCAGAUACCUGGAUGAAGGGAAGCACAUCUUGGGAGAAUUCUAUUUAUCGAAGCCAGAGUAUGAGGAGGACUCUUUGGAGUGGGAGAGUAUUCAGUGGAAAGGAAGUCUCCCACCAGAGAUAAUGCUGAUGAUGCGCAAUUAACUUGAUUUGGCCGUUAGAUAUGUAAUGAUUGACUAUUAAUAAAAACAAACCACCACUAUUUUCUAAAAUUCAA